GACCUGCAGAGGCGGGAUGAGCAGCUCAGGCUGGCCCGCGCGGACUUGACCAAGGAGGCCGCGAGGAUCAAGCACCUCAGCAGCAACCUGGACGAGGCCAAGGAGUACAACGCGAAGGUGAAGGCGGAGUUCGAGGUCGUGGGCGCGGACGUGGGCGCGAGCGACAGAGCAGGCAAGGCUGCGAGCGCUCGGGGCGGGUCUCCCUUCGUGGGCGGUCGAGCUGGCUUUCCGUCGGAGUUUCCUGGCGUUGACCCGCCAGAGUACACGAUACACCUCAUCAUGCUUCAGUUCGGUUCUGUACUGGGGUAG